AUGCCCAGACCACGACGCUCUCAACCCGGGUCAACCAACUCGCGAAAGCAGGUGGAAUCCCCAGACGACGGCUGGUUCACAAUCAAGAGGAUCCUAGAAGAGAGAGUCGUGAGAGGCCGCAUCGAAUAUUUGGUUGAUUGGGACGACAACAAAACGACGGGGGAAGUGUAUGCUCCAACCUGGAGCCGCGAGGUUACAGACGAAGCAAAGCAAGAGUGGGAAUCGUUAAAAGUCUCGCGUAGUCAAGAGGGUUGUGGUGGUACACAAGACAGCCAACCCCCCAGACCUUCAAACUGGAGACAGCUUUCGAAGCUUCAGAGAGUUGACGCCGCUGGUCCCUCUUCGUCUCCCCGGUCGGGGCUCGUUGUCACUGACGACCAAGGCAAUCGCCCGAGCCAAGUUCACAGAGUCGCGCGUCGUGCAGCGUCCUCAGAAGAACCUGUGCCGUCUAUAGGAUCGACACCUUCUGCUGAUAGCCUUGAUUGCCCCGAGGCCUUCGGUUCCGACUGCUUCGCACCGUGGGACUUGGAUGCUCAUCGCUCUCAGCAACUUAUCGUCGCGCUUCAGAAAAACUCCGACCUUGAUAAAAGUGAAUAUACAAGCGAGUACAACACCCAGAGCAGUGGUCAUACAUCCCAAUCAGUUGCCGAGUUGGAGGAUCAAGACGAAAGAGCCCUCUUUGCCUCCCAGCUUAAUCAUCAAAUCAUUCCGGAUUCUCAAGAGCCCUCUGGACAAACUUGGUCCGUGGUUAUCGAAUCUACGGACCAUUUUGCCGCGCCUGCGGGCGACGAAUCCGUGUCCCCAAGUCGCCUUUCUGUUGUAGCUUUAUCCCCAAUCUCCCAGCAGGACGAGCCAUUCGGUGCCGACUCGACAAGUCUUAUCCUAGGUGGUGAGGGAAGCCAACAUUUACAUAUUCAAGAAGCACUAAAUGGUCCAGAUAUCCCGUCCAAUCAGUUUGGUCAAGCGCAGCCAACCAGUCUUGCUAGUCGACAAUUCCAUUUAGCCACACCUGCGACUAAAUCAAACCCAAAAGCCCAGUCUCCCGAGGCAACCCGCGAUUGGGUGGACACUCCUGUAACUAGCCCCGCGUUUCUUUCGCAACCUCCUGUCACACGCGAAUUUGACGUCCCCGAAAGUUCAGUCAGUCACGGACACGGCGCAGUCAGAACAAUCGCCGAGACUCCUUCUUACGACAGAACAAAGUCUGCCGGUACGAGCUCUGCUGUUGAGCUUACCCAAGAGUCGCAGGACGCUCAAGUGAUCGAACCCAUAAUCUCUCAGAUAGGUGUCUUCAGUGACAGUCACGAUACUGACAACCACGGCACGGCAGUAAACUCACACGCAACUCCACAGGAUAUGCCUCUAUCCCAACCUCUGGACAUGGAUCGCCAGGAGAACUUGCAUGAGUCGCCAAACCCAGCGCCCUCGUCAUCAGCUGUGGAUGAGCUCAGCCGACUUGUUAACCUGGAUAACGUCAUGACGGAAGGAUCCAUUUUCCAAAAGGGGAAACAGACAUACUUGGAUACUAGCCAUUUCGCAACCCCUUUACCAAAUCUUGCUAUGCAGAAAGAAAAACAGCUGGUUUUUGGUUCGAAUGAAUCUGCUGAGCAUGAAAAUACUCCCGCAUCUGGUGCUAUCGUUCCAGAUGCCCUGCAUAGCUCUGGGCCACACACUGUCUCCUUGGCUGAUAUUUCCACGUCUCAACACGGUGUCGAGAGAACAGCCCUGCCCUUGAUGCCGUCUCUGUCACCUCAGGAUGAGCCUGCGCCAUCAAACGUCUUCCAAAGCUCCGGUGUCCCUUUUCCCAUGGCGCAACCGAAAGAGGAUUCUGAUGAUGAUUCCAGCGAAACUUCCCAGGAGCCAAUUCCUCUCAAGCAUAUCAUCACAUUACCCUUCCAGGCAAGGUUAAGGCCAUUGUACGAUGACAUAUUGCUUGAUUCAAAGAAAGAGAUCACACAGUUUGGCGCCAUCUUCAACAGCGAGACCUAUGUCGAGCCAGAUGACGCACUAGUGCAGAAGAUAGACGACGUGUUCGGCCGACUGCACAACAUUUGCGACUAUCCCCCUGAAUGCAUUGGCACCGCGCUUGAAAGUUUGCCCUCCACUCAACUUAUCAAGUACUGCCGUGACGCUAACGCAAAGUUCAACUUUCUGUACGAACUUUUGCAGGGGCUUACCGAAGAGACCCGGGUCUUGAUUGUAGCCAGAUCUGCGGAGCUUCUCAGUCUAUUGUAUCGUUUGUGUGAAGCGCUGCACCUUGAUUGUGUCUGUGAGGACAUUGGGAGAUCUCAAAAGACAUCCUCCAAUGCAACGGUCACUCUUGUUCUUCCUACCAGGAUGGUCGAUGAAGACGACUUCGAUGUUGUUAUCGGAUACGACCAUUUUUUCGGUGCCUCAGAGAUUGGCAAGAAGCUCGAACCAGUUAUUCCAGACGCAAGGUCUCCAUUGGUGCUAAUUUUGGUUACCAUACACUCCAUCGAACACAUUGAUCUUUACCUUCCUGAAGACUUGACUCCUUUGGAGAAGAAGAACGCACUCAUGUCUGGCAUUGUAAGAGCGAGACAGUUUCUGGCCGAGCCAGAUCGGGGAUUGCCAGAGCCGCAUGAACCUGCUAGCGUCUUUCUUGACUACUUGAACGGUCUAGCUAAAGGGAUUGCUUGGAAUCCGGUGCCGGUUCCUGAAGAGAUCUUGGAUAUCUAUGUCGAAUCCCAGUCACGCUCGCAAAUGCCUACCGCGGCCGGCAACACAGAGCUUGAAAAUGCCAGGAAACGCAAACUCGAUGAUUCGGAAGACGAAAAUGCAAAGAGAAUGCGCGUGUUUCGAAACAAGCAGCCAACAGCUCAAGUCAACAACGUACCAUUACCCGAGGACGUGAAGGCACUGCUUGGUUCUGUCCAACCCGAGCAAGAUGCCGGCAAAGCUCCUCGAGUCCUUGUCAGCGUGCCUCUAGCGGUGCUACAGGCCCUAGCAGAACAUACUUCCGAACUGAAUCGGCGAGCAGACGCAGCGGAUCGCGAGACCCAAUACAAGAGUGUCAUUUCAACGCUGGAGACAAGGGUCAAGGAGUACGAGAGAUCGAGCGCAAAGAUGUACUCUUCACAACGGAGUGCGUUGGAGGAUCGCAGCAAGUUCGAGCAGCAAGCGCGAAAGGCUGAAGCUGCUUUGCAAAAGGCAACCGAAGUUGCGCAAAGGGAUGCAGAAAAGGCGCAAAAACGAAUAACCGAUCUAGAAGCAACCGUCGCCCGGCUGACGGCGGGUUCGGGGGGAGCCGACGACGACACGCCGCUUGCCAAAACACAACAACUUCUUCAAACUGCCCAAGGAAACAUCCAAACGCUCGAGAAACGGCUAGAGAAUGCCCGCAAGGAUGCAGAAUACACCAUGAGCCUAUACCAGGAUGGCACGACCACCAGCAGUGCGCUGCGAGGAGAAAAUGCAGACUUGAGGGAGCAAGUGGCGGAUCUGCAGAAGAAGACGGAAGAGACCAUGGGCAAGAUCCACGCUAUCCAGGCUGACAAGACGACGAAGCAAUACGUUGGACAGAUCCGCAACUUGAAAACGCAACUUCGCGAGCGUGACAUUCAGUUGGAUCUCAUGAAGGAGGAAAUACGGCAGCUUAAGAAUGGACGCCGAGACACGCGCCAGUUCAUGACACAACCACCUGGUAACGGGAGGUGGAAUCAUCUCAGGGAGUGA